AUGUCCAAAGGAUCAUCAACAGCUUCAUUUUUCCUCACAAUGCUAACUGCACUUGUGCAUGUGGGGAUGAUCAUGGCUGCGGUUGACCCCGCAGCGGCCACCGGAAAAGAACCCAUUCUUGAACUAUACAUGCACGACAUUCUUGGGGGCAAUAGCCCUACAGCUAGGCCGAUCACUGGCUUGCUAGGCAACAUCUACAAUGGUCAAGUGCCCUUUGCAAGGCCAAUAGGUUUCAUCCCCCCACAAGGUGGGGUUGCUAUCCCCAAUGCCAAUGGUGCAAUUCCAACUGUUAAUGGUCUCAAUGGCUUCCCUUUAGGGAGUGGCUUAGCUGGUGCAGGAAACGCAAACAAUCAGAACCAACCUCAGAUCCAACUGGGACCAGAUGGACUGGGACUAGGGUUUGGAACCAUCACCGUCAUCGAUGAUGUGCUGACCUCUGCGCCCGAGUUGGGGUCACAGACAAUCGGCAAAGCUCAAGGAGUUUACGUGGCGAGCUCGGCAGACGGAACUACACAGAUGAUGACGUUUACAGCCAUGAUUGAAGGAGGAGAAUAUGGUGAUAGCCUCAACUUCUAUGGCAUAUACAAGAUAGGAAGCGCCAUGUCAUACUUGUCAGUGACUGGCGGUACUGGCAAGUUCAAGAAUGCAAGUGGUUUUGCCGAGGUGCGAUCGCUCAUACCACCUGGUCAACAUGUCAUGGAUGGUGCAGAAACAUUGCUGAGGAUUACAGUGCAUCUAAGCUACUAA